AUGCUGUUGUCUACAUACCUUAAUUGGGCAAGUGUUCUGUUAACGAUAGCGGGUGCUGAAAGCAAUAUAGAUCCCUGGGAUGAAGUCAGUUCAUUCCUUCAGGGGAAGCUCCGAAAGCUUGAUGUUACGAAUCCGAAUGCGUAUGAUAUGAAUGAUAAUGAACAGGACGCCACAUUCUAUGUGUCGAUGGAUUAUCAUGAAGAAGAAGAGAGAAGCGAAUAUGAGAGUGUGUGGCAGUAUUAUAAUGAAAAUAGUGACCAAGACUGGCAUAAAUCUGUGUACGAUAAGCUACAAGUGUCUGCAGAUCAGUUCAAUAACACUGAGGCAAUGUAUAAAUUGUCACAGAUAAAUCUAUGGGGGCAAUAUGGAUAUCCACACAAUAAAUCAGUUGCCUUCCAGUAUCUACAGAAAUUUAAUGAUAUGACAAGUUAUGAGAAUAGCUCUGCAUUGUUUGAUUUAGCGGUGGCAUAUUCAACUGGUCUCUUUGGUACUUUGCCUGUGGACGUCGCUAGAGGAUUAUUAUAUUUCCAGAGAUCGGCUAGACUAGGUGACUUAAAAGCGAAGCAGGUAUUGGCUUAUCGUUACUUUUCUGGCUACUCAGUAGCUAGGGAUGUUGAUAAAGCGCUGUUAUUAUAUAAAGAGAUAGCGGAAGAGAUAAAAAAAAAGUACAGUGAAGAGCAAUGGAAUAUGGUAUUUCCAUAUAUUGAGAGUUAUAUUGUCAGAAUUCCUGAUUUUGACGAAGGUUUACUAGGUAAAGGUUUGAGUACUGUUCCACAAUCAGUUCGCCGUAAGAAAACAACAAGACCGCCAUUUGCAGGUUCUUCAAACUUGAAACCUAUAGGUGAUGUUGGGUAUGGAGAGGUUGUCAUGCAGUUCAAAUUCAACGCUGGUAAUGGUAAUCCUGGUUCAUUUGUUAUUAGUGAUAGUGAACAUGAAGAUAGGCUGGUUGAACUGUUUUACACUGCAUGGGACUUGUAUAAAGGGACGUACACUCGUGGUAGAGAUUGUGACAAGGCAAAAAGGUUGCUAUUACAAGUUUACAAGACGUAUGAUGCAGAAGUCAAAUACAUGGAUAAUUUGCAGAAAUUUUUCUACGUAAAAUCCCUUGACUUACUUGCUCAUAUGUAUUUUACGGGUGAAGGUUUUGAAAGACCUAAUGUUCAGGCCGCUCUAGACUUAUUUGACCGUUCUGAAAAAAUCUUGGAAGGUGCCGAAAUAUCAAGAACAGCCAGUGAGGUUGAUAAGGGUUUGAUUAGUCAAUACUAUUUCAAUAAUACGCUAGGGGCUCUGAAGCAUUAUAAAAAGGCUAAAGAAUCGGGAAAUGCUCAUGGAAUUCUGUUUUAUCAAUUAGGGAAGCUGUCUGAAAAAAAUCCAGAAUUAAAAAUAGGUGAUCCAUAUCUAUAUAUGCAAGAGGCCAGUUCACAGCAAUAUUUACCUGCCCAAUACGAAUUUGCCAAAAUGGUUGAAUCGAAUGAAUUAAGGAAAUAUAGUGUUGAAGACAUUACAAGACUGUAUAAGGCAUUCGUUGAAGAAAAUGAAAACAUUAUGGCCCCACAUUUAAGACUGGGUUUCUCGGAGCUUCUUGGCGGGAGCAGUGAGGUUUCUCUAUAUGCCUAUGCCCAGGCUGCUGAACAAGGCUAUGAAGCGGCACAGAUAUCAGCUGCGUAUCUUCUAUAUCAAUUGCCCUACAAAUUUGACGAUCCGCCGGAAACUACAAUUGAGAGAAAGACAAUGGCUAUCUCUUACUAUACUAGAGCUUUCAAACAAGGUAAUACUGAUGCUGCUGUAGUAGCAGGUGAUAUAUACUUCCAAAUGAAGAACUAUACAAAAGCGCUAUCAUUAUAUCAAAGUGCUGCACUAAAGUUCUCUGCUCAGGCCUUAUGGAAUAUCGGUUACAUGUAUGAGCAUGGAUUAGGUGUAGAAAAGGACUUUCAUCUGGCUAAACGAUUCUACGAUCAAAUUUUAGAACAUAACCAAAAAUUAUAUUUUGCAGUAAAGGCAAGCGUUAUGAAAUUGCAAUUGAAGUCAUGGUUCAUGUGGUUGAACGGGAAAGAGCUUGACAACAUCAGUAUCGAUCAAGAGCAAGAAAGCACUGUCGUAAGACCUUUCUUUGACAGAUUGGUACAGCUCUUGAAGAAUUUAUCCAGAGAAACUAGAGGAGACAAUAAGAAGAAAAAUCAACACAGAAUUCUUAAGGAGAAAAAGACUCCUUCCCAAGGAAUUAUGGAAAGGUUUGGUCUACAGACCGAGGAUUUAUUAACGAUGGUUUGUGUUCUGAUAAUAUUUGCCAUUAGUAUGUUCUUUAGAACUGUUGCGCCUCGUGGGCAGUGGAAUGUAAGAAUCAAUGGUGUCAAUAUAGCUGGGGGUAAUGCCCUUGGUGAAGAAGGAAACCCCGAGAAUGAAAACGAAGAGGAUGAUGAAAAUGAUGAUGAAGGUAGGGCCAGGGCUCGUAACAACUUUGGUUUUGGUAAUAAUUUUGAUGUACAAGUCUUUGCGAUAUAA